AUGGACUUCACCACGGAGGAACUUCUUCUGAAGCUGCAAGAGUCUGGUAUUAAUGUUACCGAGGAGGAAGCACAGAGAUUCAGAGAGCAUGAAGUUGACGGUGAAGCCUUGGAGUGUGGUCUGACUGACACAAUGGUGUCCUCCUUAUUUAGCUCGUUUAAAAAGCAAGCUCAAUUUCUCCAGUUUAUUCGACGAAACAAAAUUAUCUCCAUAACUCUUGAGCCUGUCCCAGAGUACGACCAACCCACCGGAGAAAGGAUUGUCCGUGUGCUCCAUGAGGCGCUCCUAGGAUAUACAAUGUAUCCUACAAAUGCAGAAUAUGUCCAAGUGGUGAAAGCACUUAUCCUAAAGUAUCCAUUCCUAGCAGACAAAGGAGGAAAUGGCUAUAAUACCUGGCAUCAAUCCCUGAAGCGCAAAUUUAAAUUGGAGCGUGCACCUUUGAUUCAUGAAAACGAAGUAAAGAAAAGUAAGGAGAAGUUUGGAAGAAAGCGAACCAGAGAGUUGACAGAAUGUGACAGACCCAGCAGACGAGCAUCCUCUGAGUUUCCAAGUGUAAGCGGUGAAGAUGCCUCCUCUAUAGAGCAACAUGUUCGUGUCCUUCAUGUGCAGUAUGAGAAGGUGAACCCCGAUGCUUCAUUGGUAGAAGACCGUAUGCAGCGUACAUUUUCUUGGCGCCGGAAAGAAAUUAUAGGUGGGAUGACAGUGGUGGAUGUCCUUAAGAAAUACCCCUUCCUGAGAUCUCCCAGAGAGCUAUGCACCGAAAUGGACAGGAUGCAUCCAGUAAAUACCAUUUUGUGUCAACGCUGGCGACAGAAUUUGACCAAAAUUGUGCCUAAAGUGAUCGAGUUGGCCCAAGGAAAAAGUCCACUGACCAAAGUACAUUCUGCUGCCAGGGAGGACAUUCUGGCAGACGACCUACAAGGUUUAUAA